UCCAGGUUCCCUGAGCGGAGCCAUCAGUUUUCGUUUCCCACAGUUCGCAGUUGAAAUACAACCGAUCGUCCCCCAAAUCCACCCAAUAGAUGAAAUUAAUGCAAAGAACGAUAAACAAUCGUGUUAUCCACCCAUUGCCCAGUGAAUUGUGAUAGUUACUCAUAGGUUCAACCAACAAAAGUAGUUUUUAUCGCAGAGUCAACAGUCGUAGAUACUAUGACUGUGUGCUCUGGAAUGUCAUCGAUAAAAGCGUCAUUUUUGCUGCUUCUAUUCACCAUUGUAUCAGUCACGGUUGUCAAUGGCGAGGAUGGUCACUGCAUCUGGUAUGGCUCUUGUUUCAAAGACGAUUUUUCUCAUGUCAAGUACUGUCCGUACAGUGGCCCAGCCAAGCCCCUGGACACAGAAGGACAGGGUUUCCUAGCGAAACUCUGUCCCCACAUGAUGCAGGCCCCCGGCCAGGAGUUAAAAACCUGCUGCAACACCGAGCAACUCAAGAUCCUCGACAAUAACAUUCUCCUGGCUGCAAAUUUACUGGCCCGUUGUCCCAGUUGUCUAGGAAAUUUGGUUAAACAUUUCUGUGAAUUUACGUGCAGCCCGAGUCAGAGUAAAUUCAUGAAUAUAACUAAAUUUGGGCCCAAUGAUACGUACAUCGAUGGGAUCGACAUGUACAUAACAAAUAGGUAUCUCGAGGGGACUUUUAAAUCUUGCAGCAGAGUGUCAGUUCCCAGCACUGGUCAAUUGGCCUUUGACCUCAUGUGUGGAGAAUGGGGAUCGAGUCACUGCACUGCUAAGAGGUGGUUCCAUUUCAUGGGAGACGCAGAGGACAAUAUUUAUGUACCUUUUCAGAUUACUUAUAUUGGUACCGAUGAAAAAGUUGGAAAUUUCACACCGAUGGAUCCGGUUGUUACACCUUGCAGUAAACCAUUCAAUUCCACAACAGCAGCUUGCAGUUGCGUAGACUGUGAAGCAAGUUGUCCAGUGCCACCACCAGCUCCCCUGCCCCCCCAGCCUUUCAGCCUGAUCGGUUACGACGGCUACGCAGUGACAAUGAUCAUCAUCUUCAUCCUAGGAACCAGCCUAUUCCUGCUGUCGAUAGUCUGCUUCAGCAAUCGAAAGACAAUAGUUGCAAGAGGCGAGGAGGUAGGGAGACAGGUGGGUAGACGUCUCACCGCUGGUUUACAUCACCCUGGAGAUGGUGCACGUAUUGCUCUGGCUGCUGAUCAGGAGGACAGUCCACUACAGUCCAAAAGAUCCAGUGUGACAUCGGCGGACGACCUGCCGAGCGGCCUCCAAGAAGAGGAGUCCACAGUGAUCGAGAAAUUGGGGGCAAAUACCGAUAAAUUCCUGCAGGAGUUUUUCUGCGCCUGGGGUGUCUUCUGCGCCAAACGUCCGGUCGAGGUUCUCCUCCUGAGUGCCUGCAUAGUCGUCGUCCUGGGCUGUGGCAUCAGAUACACCCACGUGACAACAGACCCAGUGGAGCUCUGGGCAUCAGCGACCUCUAGGUCCCGCGUGGAGCGACAGUACUUCGAUAGUCACUUCGAGCCCUUCUACAGGAAUGAGCAGAUAAUAAUAUCCGCAGUGGGCCUGCCCAACAUCAUCCACAACACAUCAGACGGCUUAAUCACCUUCGGGCCAGUGUUCCACCGGGAGUUCCUAACGACAAUCCUAGAGCUUCAGGAAGGGAUCAAAGCCAUCGAGACUGAGAACAACUACACCCUAGCUGAUAUUUGUUUCGCCCCCUUGACGAACGCCUUCACAGGGCCCCCAACAGUCGGCAAAUGCACGAUCCAGAGCGUCUGGGGAUACUGGUCGAAUAGCAUGAAGCGGUUUAACGAAACAGAUGAAGAACACGGCUACAUGAUGAAUUACCUGGACCACUUCAAGACCUGCACGAGCAAUCCCUACAAUCCCGACUGCCUGGCGCCCUACGGAGGCCCAGUGGAGCCAGCAAUAGCAGUGGGGGGCUUCUUGGCACCAGGACAAUCCCUCAAGGACCCUCACUACGAGAAAGCAACAGCCAUUGUGCUGACGUUCCUGGUCAACAACUACCACAACAAGUCGAAGCUCCAGCCAGCGAUGGAGUGGGAGAAGGCUUACGUUGAAUACAUGAAGGAUUGGGUGGCUAACAAGAAGCCAAGCUACAUGGACGUUGCAUUCACGUCUGAAAGGUCCAUCGAGGACGAGCUGUACCGAGAGUCACAGUCAGACAUAUCAACCAUUCUCGUGUCCUACAUCAUCAUGUUCGCGUAUAUCACGGUUUCUCUGGGGCAGAUGAAGUCCUGCAGUCGAUUGCUGAUUGAUUCCAAGAUCACUCUGGGUCUUGGGGGGGUUUUAAUCGUUCUAACUUCGGUCAUAUGUUCUGUGGGGUUGUUUGGGUUCAUUGGACUCCCAGCGACAUUGAUUAUCAUUGAGGUGAUACCGUUCUUGGUGCUCGCUGUUGGCGUCGAUAACGUUUUUAUUUUGGUGCAAACCCAUCAGAGAGAGGGCAGGAGACCUAAUGAAUCAAUCCCGGAGCACAUAGGACGUACCUUGGGGCAAGUGGGUCCAAGCAUGCUCCUGACAAGCGUCUCCGAGAGCUGCUGCUUCUUCCUGGGAGGCCUCUCAGACAUGCCUGCUGUCAAGGCGUUCGCCCUCUACGCGGGAAUGGCUCUCCUCAUCGAUUUCCUACUGCAGAUCACUUGUUUCGUGAGUUUAUUGACCCUAGACACCCUCCGACAUUCUGGAAAUAGACUGGACGUCUGCUGCUGGCUCAGAGGAUCGAAGAAGGACAGUGGGGAGGAAGUCGUCGAUGGAAUUUUAUACAAAAUCUUCAAACUAGCUUAUGUUCCAUUUUUACUGCAGAAGUGGGUGCGUGCUGGGAUCAUGGUGAUCUUCUUCGGGUGGCUGUGCACCAGUAUAGCAGUGGUGCCUCACAUAGAGAUUGGUCUUGAUCAGGAGCUCUCGAUGCCGGAGGACAGUUUCGUUCUAAAAUAUUUCAAGUCUCUGAAUCAAUACCUGUCGAUAGGGCCUCCCAUGUACUUUGUCGUGAAAGAGGGGCUGAAUUAUUCGGAUACAGAGACACAGAAUUUAAUCUGCGGUGGGCAGUGGUGCAACUCUGAUUCACUGUCUACUCAGGUGUUCAUCGCAGCUCAGCAGCCCAAUAUCACUUAUGUGGCCAAGCCUGCGUCCUCCUGGCUUGACGAUUACAUUGACUGGAGUCAGGCUGACAACUGCUGCAAGUACUUCCCGGGAAAUAAUUCGUUCUGUCCACACGAGAAAUUCAUGUGUUCGAAUUGUCCCCAGAGUACCAACAAGUUCGGAAGACCCGAUAGAACAUAUUUCGAGAAAUACAUUUCUUACUUUUUGAAUGACAAUCCUAAUGACCAGUGUGUGAAGGCUGGACAUGCUGCGUAUGGACAAGGAGUCAAUUAUAAAUUGAAUCCUGUCAACAAUUUGUCGCACGUUGGCGCCUCGUACUUCAUGACUUAUCAUUCCAUCCUGAAGACGUCGGCCGAUUACUACGAGUCCAUGAGGGCUGCCAGGAAGAUCUCAGCCAACAUAACGAAUAUGAUUAACAGUCAUAUGGAGGCUGCCAAUCGCAGUGAGAGGACCGAGGUCUUUCCUUACAGCGUUUUCUAUGUCUUCUAUGAGCAGUAUUUGACAAUGUGGCCGGACACGCUGAAGAGCCUCGGCAUUUCGUUGCUGGCGAUCUUCUUGGUGACAUUCUUCCUCAUGGGACUGGACAUCUUCUCGUCGUUCGUGGUUGUCAUCACUAUUACCAUGAUCAUGGUCAAUAUCGGCGGGUUGAUGUACUGGUGGCAUAUUACGCUUAAUGCUGUGUCGUUGGUCAAUCUUGUUAUGGCCGUUGGCAUUUCUGUAGAGUUCUGCAGUCACCUCGUUCACUCAUUCUCAAUGUCAGUUCGAGCAACGAGAAUAGAGAGAGUAGCUGAUGCUGUAACGAAUAUGGGAAGUUCAGUGUUCAGUGGAAUAACACUCACCAAAUUCGGUGGGAUCAUCGUACUAGGCUUCGCAAAGAGCCAAAUAUUCAAAGUAUUCUACUUCAGAAUGUAUCUGGCAAUCGUGCUGUUUGGUGCAGCCCACGGCUUGAUAUUCCUUCCAGUUCUCCUGAGUUACAUAGGCGUGAUGUCCCGCCGACGAAACACAAGAGGUGAACUCCAAUCCGGUGGAUUUACCAACGAGGUCGCAGGCCGUGUACUCGUUGACUCCACGACACCUCUUGUCCAGAAUAUUUCGAACCCAACAACUUCCUACGCCAGUGUAAACAGCGAUGAUCCUAAGUAGAAAUUGACGUUUUCACAUUAGGAGGUAAAUUGAAGUGCUGGGGGAGGUAGGGGUAAAAUAACUAUAUUUUCGUCCUUGUAAUUUAUUGUCAAAAAUAACGGUUUAUCAAACUGUGUUCACGAUAAUGGCAUACACAUCAAAUUCAAUACGAAUUUAUCCAGAGUAAAUUAGAAAAAUCAUUUCGUAACAUUAUCUCAUCUCACUCGAUCGUACAUUACGAUAAAAUAAAUUAUGAAUCAUCUCUGAUAUUAUUUCGCGACGUAUGACGGGGCAAUAAUUUCGUGUAACUAGUUUACAAUAAUUUCACAUCUUUGUUAUUCAUUCGUGUGUGUGUCAAGCGUUCAGGGCUGCCUUUAACGAUGCUAUUUUAAAAUACACGUGUUUUGUUAGCCUAAAAUUAUUGGAAAAUUUGUUCUCUGAAAAGACAUGUUGCUCAGUAUUACUAAGUAUUGCGGAUUGAGGAAAAAAAAAGAAAACUUGAUUGUAUUUCAAUUAUUGUUGCGUCGCUUUUUAUUUGGCUCGGUGAAAAUAUAUAUUUUUCCGCUUGCAUUUGAGGUAUGAAGAGUCUAACGUCGAAAUUUCGAAUCUCGUAAAAGGAAUUUUGCAUGAAAUUUUCCUACUCUUGGGCAUGAAAAUUUGAUGAAAAAUACUUGACACGUAUUUAAUAUUUUUAUAUUUCUGUGGAGAGAUUUAAAAAAAAAUCAUGCAAAAAUUCGAAUAAUAAUUUACAACGAGGGAAAUUGGCUGGUGAUGUCAAUUCAUCCCCUCGUUCCAGUGAGUUACAGUCUAAUUCAUUAUUCACAUCAUUACUAAAGUCACUUGAAAAUAAAAUUACCCCCAUUAUCGUGAUCGAGAUACAUGCUGUGUUACUGAUAUAAUCAUUUUCAUUAUAUAAAAUUCACCGAUAAAAAAACUGGAAAGAAUUUUGUACUAUGAAGAGCAUACUUUUUAUACAAAAAAAUCACCUCAGCCGAUAAGAAGAUAAAUCUAAUGAAUGCAGUUUAUUGUUAAUAAAACGAACAAAAGUACGGGAUUUGGAUGUGAAUUAGUGAAAAAUCCUACUAGGGGUAUUUGUGGCAUAGAAUUGUAAUUUAAUUAUCGUAUUAUCGUCACUCUGAUAACGAUAUCGUCCGGUUAUUGUUGAUUUUGGUCGUUUAAAUAAUGUAAUUGCCACAGUGUGAUUUCAUUUAUAAUCUUUGGUUGAAAAUUUAUGAAAUUUGAUGAAUGGUGGAACAGAGUCUGCGAAACUAUACGCCAAGAAUUGUAAUCUUGUAUAUAGUGAUGUGAGAAAUAAAUAAAAAGGCAUAUCAAAUUGCGGUGACAUGAA